AUUUCUGGUAGUACUGGUAUAGAGUUCAGUGGAUAAAAUAGGAUAGAAUAUAAUAGUGGAUAAUAGCAGAUUUACAUUGAUAGAUAGGUUACGUGUUUUUUUUUGUAUAACCAAAAAAUGAGUGAAAUAUCAAGCUGGGAAGAUAUAGAAAAUGAUCAAUUUUUUAAACAAUUAUUGGGUGCUGAUUCUAAGAAGACUGACAUUAGUCCCUUGUUGUCAGUGGCUCAACAAUUGAACAAACUAGGACAAGCUAUCGAAGUGUUAAAUGCCGAAUUGCAAAGGCAAGUACUUGCCAAUCAUGAGGAUCUGCUAUCUCAGGCAACAUGGGUUGAAAAAUUGGAGGGAGUGCUUUUUAUAAUGCAAUCUCAUAUACAAAGCCUGUUAUCAGCAGUUGAGCGAUUACGUAGCAAAAUUAUUGAUCCAUUUAAUAGAAUUGAGAUGCAAACAAUUGUACUGUCACGGCUUCAUGAAACUUCUGAUCUUUUAAGAAGAGUUGCUAGAAUGCAACAUUUAUCAAAGCGUUUGAAUUCCCAAAUGAACAGUAUUACUCAAGGACCAGAUAUUGUUAAAGCUGCGAACAGUUUGCAUGAACUUGAACAAUUAAUGGCAGAUACAGACCUCAAUGGUCUUGAUGUGAUUGCGGAUGAUCAACAAGCUGUAAAAGCUCAGAGAGCUACAGUGCAAAGAAUAGCCACUCAUACUUUAACACAAGGUUUACAGACAAUGGAUAGGACAAAGGUGAGCACAGCUGUGCAGGUUUUUCAAAACUUGGGAAUAAUAGUCGGAGCUGUAGACACAACUAUAGAAUCCAGCCUGGCUGAAAUAGAAAGAAUUUCGACAGAUUCAUUGGAUGUAACUCUAGUAACGAAUCAAGAUUUUGGAAAACGUGGAGCGCCAGGUAGAGCUGCGAUCCCAUCACCUGGAUCAUCUGGAAAUCUACGCACUAGAAUUUGGGAAAAUCUCGAACGCCUUUUCCAAGAUACUUUAUACACGCAAUGUCUGCAAAUUGAGCUACUGCAAAGAGUAUUAUUGGAACAUCAUACGAAAGAGUUUCAAGAUUUGUCUGAGAAAUUUUGGGACAAAGUAAACACUCUGCUUGCAAAAGUCUUGAUCGAACGCGCCCAAGGAUCGUCGUUUGUAAAACAGGCCUUAGAAGGAGAAUACCCAAAAUUUUUAAGAAUAUUCUUAGAUUUGAGUAAACGUUUGAAAGAGAGAUCUCACAGUAUUGGCAUGUACGGUAUCGACCGCAAUGUUUUAUUACCGUUCGAGAAUGCAUAUUUGUCCCGUUCGGUAUCUCGACUUUUGGAUCCAGUGCAUAAUAUGUUUUCUGGAGAAGGUUUGCCAACACACGACGAAAUCGACAGUCUUAUCCGUACAAUUACAAAUGAACUAAGUGUAUCAUUGGUGGACGAUGGACUCUCGACCGUGGUGUCGCGUAAUGUAGGGAAAGCAAUAAGAUUAUUCUGCUUAAAAUGCGAGCAGAGUGUGGUGACCGGCGGUGAGGCCAGUCAAGUGAUCGAUUCUCCUACUACUGGCCAGCAGACAAACGUCACGCUCGCGAAUCUUCUGCAUUAUCUCUCCAGUCAGACAAACCGUGUGAUAGCGAAUCUGGCAGGGGGAUUGCCCUCUGAAGGGAGCGCCAUCAUUACCACGGCGCUCAAAGAAACCGACAUGUUAACGAAGAGUUUGCUCGCGCCGUUAUUAACUUCGAUUAGCGAUGCGAUUGAAAGCAUCAUUUUGACGAUGCACGAUGAUCCUGAAUUUAGAGAUACAAGUAAUCCUCUGGGAAAAGAGAUAGGCUCUUCUCUUUACAUGCGUGAAUUACAAGGCUUCAUUUUACGAUCCGUGAAUACGUUUUUGAUCCCGUAUAAGAAUCAAGUGGUUGUAGCUGAAAGCUGCAAAGCUGUCGCGUCGAGAUGUAUAGAGUUAUUCGUGCGCCACGCUUGUUUAUUAAGGCCUCUGACUGAUUUUGGAAGGGCAAAACUACUGAUCGACUUCGCUCAGAUAGAGGUAGCUGUAGCACCAUUGUGUCGCGGUGGCCAGAUGAGUCUGGUCGAGCAACAGCAGUAUAGAACAUUGCGAGCGCUAAAAACCUUACUGCCUCUCAGUCCUGAGGAAAUAGUCGAUAAGAUAUUGGAAGGACAGGGAGAAAGUAGCGUGUCGCCGUCUCUCAUUCUUCUGCAUUUAUUUUCCGGAGCGCCGCCCGAAUUGGCAUCGCCGCAUCAAAGCGCCGGAUGGUCUAUCGGUCGAUUAUCUCAAUGGAUGGACAGCCAUCCGAGCGAAAGAGACAGAUUAGCGCUGUGCAGUGGACCACUGGAACGUUAUCAGUUGACAGUCAGACAGCAAAACCUCCCGUCAUUCCACCCUAUAUUUCCGCAGAUGAUGAAACUAGCUAACUUGAAGGAGCAUUCAGGCUAAUAAAAUAAUUUUUAAAGUGUCCUGCGUUUUUCUCAGUGCUUCUUCAUAUCCUAUUUUUUCUUCGGGGAGUAGAUGGAUAUUUUGGUUCGCUGC